CAGAGUUCGAUUGUGCCGGUGUAAGGAUCAGCCGCCAGCGUGCGCGUACCGCGUGUCGUGUGUCGGCUAGCAGCAGAGGAAGAUGUCGGAGCACCAUCGCGGUGCUUGGGGUACGCGUGAGGACGCCGUCUGGUGGCCGGGUGGCAUCUCGUCGACGGAACAGCAAACACUGCAGCACCAUCAGCAUCUCAUCAAUCAGCACCACCAACAGCAGCUCGCCCAACAGCAGGCGGCCCAACUGCAGCAUCAGGUCGCGGUACAGCAACAGCAGCAACAGCAGCAAAAUCAGCAGCAGCAGCAGCAGCAGAACGACAGCGCCCGGAACAACAGCACAACGUCCACAUCCGCUACCCAGCAGCUGUUCUCGUACAAAAUGGCCAACAGCUUUCAGAAUCCGGUCACGACCAUGUCCGGUGUGACGGUGUCCACCUCGAACGCACCGUACGACUACCGGCUCGGCAUGAGCACGGUGGUGGCGCGGCCCGGCGACCCACCGACUAUGUCCAGCACAGCGCCAACCACCCAGUGGUGGUACCCGGGCGGCCAGAGCGCGCUCGACAACUCCCUGCAGCAGCAGCAACAGCAGCAACAACAACAGCAACAGCAACAGCAACAGCAGCAGCAACAGCAACAACAGCAGCAACAACAAACUCAACAGCAUCAGAGUCAAACGCACGUGCAGAAUAACGCGAUUCUGAACAAAAUGGUCACCGGCACUGUUGCUGGUGGUAAGGUUAAAGACAAUAAGCCGAGGGGGCGCAUGACGGCGUACGCGUUCUUUGUGCAGACCUGCCGGGAAGAGCAUAAGAAAAAACAUCCUGAGGAGCAGGUUAUAUUCGCUGAAUUUUCCCGCAAAUGUGCUGAACGAUGGAAGACGAUGCUCGAUAAGGAGAAGCAGCGUUUCCACGAGAUGGCUGAGAAGGAUAAGGCUCGGUACGAACUGGAAAUGCAAAGCUAUGUGCCUCCGAAGGGCGCUGUCGUAGGACGGGGCAAAAAACGGAAGCAGUUUAAGGAUCCCAACGCACCGAAGCGUUCCCUGUCCGCAUUUUUCUGGUUCUGCCACGAUGAGCGGAACAAGGUUAAGGCGUUGAACCCGGAGUACGGAGUGGGCGAUAUUGCGAAGGAGCUUGGUCGAAAGUGGUCCGACAUGGAUGCGGAAAUUAAGCAGAAGUACGAACAAAUGGCUGAAAAGGAUAAGCAAAGAUAUGAACAGGAGAUGACCGAGUAUAAGCUGAAGUGUAAAAAUGAACAAGGUGGCGGCACACCCGGUUUGAACCUGCCGCAACAGUUGCAGCAGGCCGGGCUCCAGCAUCUCCCGCAGCACGUGCAGCAGGCCGCUGCCGCCCAGCUACAGGCGCAAGUCGUACAGGCGCAGCAAGCCGCCGCCGCAGCCGCAGCGGCCGCCGCUGCCGUCCAACAGCAGCACGACGACGACGAUGACGAGGAGGAUGGCGAUGAGGACGAUAAUGAGUAAAG